AGGAAAAUGGGGAGGUAACUUUUGUUGAACGCUCACUCUGUUCCUCACUCACGUAAGAACUUGAUGUCAUAGAUGCUCAGACGAAUAAAAAUCAGGGGGACUGGAAGUGACUAAAAGUUGACGAAUGCAUACCAGUUACUAUUAAAAGCCAGGGAAACACCACACUAUCAAUUCAGAGGGGGGACGGACUGGAUCGCAGACCCUUUACCAGCUGUGUUCUCUACUCUUCAAAGCAAAACACAUCUAUUCCAGCCAGAUGGUCACAAUGGGUCUGCAUGUCCACAUUUUCCUCAUUUCUGCAAUUACAGCCCUCAUUGGGGCCUGUCCGGAUGUAUGUACUUGUCGGGAUACAAAAGUCUUAUGUCAAGGUCGGAUAAUUACACGGUUUCCGUCGGCAAUCCCUGUGGACACGAGUGCCUUGUUCAUCUCAAACAUAAAUAUCUCCUCACUGAAACCUGCAGACUUUGAGAACCUCGCAAACCACCUCACAGCCUUUGCUGUGAAGGACACAGAUAUCAAAGAAGUCUUGCCCAAAACCUUUGACCACACCAUCAAUCUGAAGUCCCUGGCAUUUCAAAGCACAAAGCUUGUAUCCCUUCCUGAAGACCUUUUUCAAACCUUGCAUUUACUACAAUCAUUUACUUGUACUGAGAGCAACAUACAGUUGUUACCUCCCUCACUGUUCUCACCACUUAAAGUCAAUAAUAGUCUAGUCAAUCUAGAUCUCGGCAAAAAUCAGUUGACUUCAGUGCCAGACAAUGCCUUCAGUGGACUUCAUCAGCUCAUUAACCUGCGGCUGAACAAAAACCACCUUAAGGAUCUCCCAGCUGGUGCAUUUGAUGACCUUGAAAACCUUGAGGUUUUAGCACUUCAAGAUAACCAAAUUGCUCAAUUACCAGCGAACUUGUUCUCUAAUCUUCAGCAACUUCAAAGCCUGUAUCUUUCCAAUAACAAGAUUUCUGUGCUUCCUGAUGGUAUCUUUACUAGUCUACCGAAUCUUAAAAGACUUACUCUAUAUGACAACAAAUUGCAAAAGUUGUCUCAUGCGACUUUCGGACCUAUGCUCAUUGACCAGCUGUGGCUCUAUGAUAAUAAAUUAAGCACCUUGGAAGACAAUGUGUUCAGCAAUCUGACCAGUAUGAAACUUCUGGUGCUCAGCCGAAAUCAGAUUCAGUCCAUCUCUGCCAAUGCUUUCAGUGGUCUAACCGAGAUACAGGAAGUGUCUCUGCACAGCAACCUUAUCACUAAUAUUAAGAAGGGUACAUUCGCCAAUCUUCCCAAGCUGGCCAACAUUUCUUUGGAGCACAACAAAAUUGAGUCAAUCUCUGCGGAUGUUCUACAUGGUGUGUCACAUUUACACCAACUGGAUUUGCGAAAUAAUUCUUUCCAAAAUUUAGAUCAAGACUUUUUGGAUUCUCUCCAGAUCGUUGAUGAAGUGCUUUUGACUUUGAACCCCUGGAAAUGUGACAAGGACAUUAUUUCUCUCAGGGACUGGCUGCUACAGUUUCCUAAAAAAGUGCCUAGUUCAAAAGACAUAUUGUGCCGGAGUCCAACAUCACUCUCGGGUUCUGUCAUCCAAGACAUACCAGAUGAGGAUCUUAUCCAGCCAACAACCCAAGCCCCCAAGACUGCGAUGGACCCUGUGACCCCAACGGAGAAGAGGAGAAGACCACACACAACCCCACCACGAAGAACCACACCCCUACCAACCAUCAAUGCCACUACAAAGCCAGACCAGGGCGAGGACACCAGCAGCAACCAGGGCUAUGGUACAAGCCGGUUACAGGACACUCAUUUGAUCAUCAUUGCAGUGGUCUGCAUGGCCGUCAUCGUCAGCACAAUUUUAGGCGUGGCCUGCUGGAGGAGGUACAAGAGAGAUAGCAGAGACUUGCAUCAGCGGCCAAAGACAAACUCAGUCAUUUAGCCCAAGCUUGAAAUCAGAGGUAUUUGACACUGCUCCAAGAGAUCUGUCCUUCUCUUUGUGAGGAUACCACUGCCUUAAACAGAAGGCCAGCACUGUGCAUUUCCAUAGGCCAAAAAGUCAGUUCCUCCAAGUACUGAAAUAAAGACUCUUUUGAACAAAGAUUUUCAUGUACAGUUGUCAAAAUCUCCUAAAACACUGCUUUAAAGCUCAAUCACAGAUUCACUUUGGCCUUUGUGAUUUAAAUCAGUUGAAAUUAUAUGUACAUAUUUCGAAAGUGUGUAUUUGUUUUAGUAAAUUGCAUGUUGACUUUUAAUAUCUGCUUAAAUUUGAUUUAAAGCUCCAUCACAGAUUCACUUUGGCCUUUGUGAUUUAAAUGAGUUGAAAUUAUAUAUUGUACAUAUUUCAAAAGAGUGUAUUUUGUUUUAGUAAAUUGAAUGUUGACUUUUAAUAUCUGCUUAAAUUUGAUUUAAACAAAUGCAUCUAUCGGUUUGAAUUUGCAAGCUGCUAUGGAAAUGAAGACAUGCUAUACUGUAAUAAAGUAACACCUGGCACCAAUGUGUCCAAAGUGUAUAACUACAGUAGGCAUUUGCCCAUUAUAAAGUUUCAACCAUAUGAUGUUCACUACUUCAGGCCUUUGCGUGACCAAUAAAUCCUAUACACUCUGAAGUAUAUGUGGGCCGUGGCAUUCAACCACUGUAUAUUUAGAUCAAAGCCAUUGACAGCAAAUUUCAAGCAUGCCAAGUGACCCGGAUCUACAUGUACUAGAAAGCUAUUCCAGUAUAAGUUGUGUCAGUGUGAAAGAGUGACAAUAAAAUGAACUUAUAUCAUUAUUGUCAAUAUUGUCAUGGAUUGAUACAUACAGUAGUACAGUCAUUUGUCAGAUUAUUUUAUUGAAUAUGUGUUGUGCCAUGUGGAACCCAAUAAUGUAAUAAUUUUCCAAUAAUGUAAUGCGUAACCCCCAAUAAUGUAAUGAAAGUCUCUUCUUAAAGCAACACUAAAGCACUUUUCCUCUGUUGCACGCACGCUAUUUGUAUAUCCAGCAAAUACCGAUGUCCACAGUCAAGGUAGAGCAUGUGGCAUGAUUUUAUGAAAAUAUGAUACAUUGCGACAUCAAAGCAAGUCAAAUAAGUAGUUUCUUAUGUCUCAUUCCACCAAACUACAGAUCAGCUACCCGAUCUGGUAAACUUAGUGUGGUUAUAGCCGAUAUGAGGGCUGCAAAGCGAAUGCAGAGGUGCGUACACCCAGUUACGAUUUGAUGAACCAUUGACAUUAGUUUGGAAACAUUAAGGUACAAAAAUCUAUUUAGUGUUGCUUUCAUGCCAUGAAAAAAAUAAUAAAAACCUGAUUAUGCAA